AUGUCAUCUUCGGAUACCGGAGUGUCAGAUACGCUUGAUCCUAUGGCGGUAGUCUCGGACGUCGAGAUCCUAUCCGAGAGCGAGGUUUACACGUCAGAUACCACGAGCACGGAUGAUGAUGAUUUUCAGCCAUUCGCUUUGCCCGACCUCGGGGAUGAUGUUCAGCCCGCUGAUGGCAUUCUAGCUGGGGAUCCACCUCUUGCUGAGAUCCUUGCUCCCGUUCCACUUGCCGCAUUUCCCAUUGAGGAUUUUCCACUCGAUGUUGUUUCUGAUGACGACGUCGAUCUUUUCGUUGAGGGUCCCCCAGAGGACGACCAUGAGGGUGGGGCCCCGAUUGCUGAUGAUGUCGUUAUUCCUAUUACUGAGGCUCCUGUAGAGGAGGCUCCUUCUGAUUCACCUGGUCCAGACUCGUUUGAGUCUGUGGCAUCCGCUUCUUUGCACGACCAGGGCGUGCAGCACUACUCUCCUGACGCUGACUCAGACGUGGCGAUGUCAGCUGUACCUGGUUCACCUCACGAGUUUGAGUUUGAUCAUGAGUUCGAGGACGAGUUUGAUCCAGUUUUUCCUCCUGAUUUUGAUCCCGAUCACGAGAUCGAGUUUAUUCCUGUUGACCAGCCCUUAGAGCCUAUCAUAGCACCAGAGCCUGUUGUUGCCCAUGACCCUAUACCGGUGCACGACCCUGUUCUUGUGGAUGCACCAGUCCUUGCACCACCUAUUGUUGAUAUUCCCAUUGUUGCACCACCAGUGGUGGAUGUUCCUAUUGCUGAUGCACCCGUUCUUGCACCACCUGUUGUCAACCAUGCACCAUUUGCCACACAUGUCGACCCUCGAUACGCUGACACCCAUAAUGGGUGGAUCGAGGAUGAUGAUGACUACCCUCCGUUUGUGCUACCAGUCACUCCUCUUGUAGCACCUGUUUCCGCACCUAUUGAUGUUCCAUUUUUCCACCCACACCCCUCUGAUGUCCAUCGCACUGAUCUUCCUAUCACGUUUCUCCAGGACAUUCCUCCACCUCGUCCUGGGGAGGGUUCAUCGAGGCAGCAGCCUGCUUUUGUCCCACCUGUAUCGUCAUCUGUUCCGUUCAUGUCCCAGUUCCCUCACACUACACCAUCUUUUAUACCUUCGGGCGAGCCGUUUCUGUGGUCUUCGCCCAAUGUUAUGCCGCUAUCAGACCCGUAUCACCCUUUCCAUGUCGGGUAUACCAGAGAUGACAUACUGAUAUCCCUGCAGCUGCAGCAGGACGCACUGAGUCAUCGCAUUCAGGAGUUAGAGAGGACUCCACGUCCUCCCCCAUGUCACUGUCAUUCUCCUUUUGCCGCACCACACGCUCCCCUCCCGCUGCCCCCUGAUUCGGAUGUUCGUUUCCUUAAACCUGAGCAGCAGAUUGCCUAUUUUCUGCGCGUUAUUCAUGCCCUUGAGGAGGACUGGGUGCACAUUCGCCGUUUGCUUUUCUCUUAUCCUCCUCCUCCUCCGCCAUCAGCGUAG